GGAGCGACAGGUCUUGGGCCCCCAGGCGGAGCGGCGGGCGCCGGAUCCCCAGGCGGAGCGGCGGGCGCCGGAUCCCCAGGCAGAGCAACAGGUCUCGGGCCCCCAGGCGGAGCGGCGGGCGCUGGACCCCCAGGUGGAGCGACAGGCACCGAGUCACCAGGCACGACAGUGGGCUCCGAGUCAACUGGCAUGACCGCUGGCACUGGGUCAGACAAUGGAUCGUCUGGCUGGACAGCGGGCAUCGGGUCACCAGGCAUCAGGUCAUUUGGCUCAACAGCGGGCACCGCGUCAUCUGGCAAGGCAGUGGGCUCCGAGUCAACUGGCAUGACCGCGGGCACUGGGUCAGACAUUGGAUCGUCUGGCUGUACAGCGGGCAUCGGGUCACCAGGCAUCAGGUCAUUUGGCUCGAGAGCGGGCACCGCGUCAUCUGGAAAGGCAGUGGGCUCCGAGUCAACUGGCAUGACCGCGGGCACUGGGUCAGACAUCGGAUCGUCUGGCUGGACAGCGGGCACCAGGUCAUCAGGCAUCAGGUCAUUUGGCUCGCCAGCGGGCACCGCGUCAUCUGGCAAGGCAGUGGGCACCGAGUCAUCAGGCACGACAGCGGGCUCUGAGUCAAUUGGCAUGACAGCGGGCACCGGAUCAGGUACCGGAUCGUCUGGAUCAACAGCGGGCAUCGAGUCAACUGGC